AUGGUACAUCUCUCAGCCAGGACCGGACUGUGCUAUUUACUGCUCUUUCUACUCACACUCACUCCAGCACAAAGUUCAGCCCCUGGCUCCAGCAAUACCGGGGCGCCAGCUACUACCCACCAUGGGGUCACCCCUGCAGAAACACGGCUGCCAGUCUUUACCCUGGAUUACCCCCAUGUUCAGAUCCCCUUUGAGAUCACACUUUGGAUCUUGCUGGCUUCCUUGGCAAAGAUCGGAUUCCAUCUUUACCACAAGCUGCCCGCUAUAGUCCCAGAGAGCUGUCUCCUUAUCUUGGUUGGAUUACUUCUUGGUGGAAUUAUAUUUGCAGUAAAUGAGAAGUCUCCUCCAGCAAUGAAGACGGAUGUCUUUUUCCUGUAUCUUCUGCCUCCGAUUGUGCUUGACGCAGGUUACUUUCUCCCCACACGCCCCUUUUUUGACAAUGUGGGCACAAUAUUCUGGUAUGCAGUGGUAGGCACACUUUGGAAUGCCAUUGGAAUUGGGAUAUCACUUUUUGGAAUAUGUCAAAUAGAGGCCUUUGGGCUGUUAAACAUUUCAUUGCUACAGUGCUUGCUAUUUGGUAGCUUAAUAUCGGCUGUCGAUCCAGUGGCAGUUUUGGCUGUUUUUGAAAAUAUCCAUGUCAAUGAACAACUGUACAUUUUAGUAUUUGGGGAAUCCUUGUUGAAUGAUGCUAUCACUGUGGUGCUGUAUAAUUUAUUCAAAUCAUUUUGUGAGAUGAGGACAAUUGAGACGGUGGAUGUCUUUUCUGGAAUGGCGAGUUUCUUUGUGGUGGGAAUAGGUGGAGUUUUAAUUGGAGUUAUUUUUGGAUUUGUAGCUGCCUUCACCACCCGCUUCACACGCAAUAUCCGUGUGAUUGAGCCUCUUUUUGUUUUUCUGUACAGCUACUUGUCAUACUUAACUGCCGAAAUGUUCCACCUUUCAGGUAUUAUGGCCAUUACAACAUGCGCCAUGUCUAUGAAUAAGUAUGUGGAAGAGAAUGUGUCCCAGAAAUCCUACACUACCAUCAAAUACUUCAUGAAGAUGCUGAGCAGUGUCAGUGAAACCUUGAUCUUUAUCUUCAUGGGUGUGUCCACAGUCGGAAGAAACCACGAAUGGAACUGGGCCUUUGUGUGUUUCACAUUGUUCUUCUGUUUAGCAUGGCGUGCAAUGGGUGUAUUUGUUCUGACUCUGAUAAUCAACCGAUUCCGCACAAUAACGUUGACUACAAAAGACCAGUUCAUCAUUGCAUAUGGAGGGCUUCGGGGUGCAAUAUGUUUUUCACUGGUCUUCCUCCUCCCUGAUUCUUCUGUAUUUCCAAGAAAGAAUCUCUUUAUUACCUCAGCAAUUGUGGUGAUUUUUUUCACAGUUUUCAUUCAGGGUACUACCAUUCGUCCACUGGUAGAAAUUCUAAAUGUGAAGAAGGCAAAUAAAAAGCAGCAGAUGAUCAGUGAUGAAAUCCAUAGCCGGUUUUUAGAUCACACAAAGGCAGGCAUUGAGGAUGUAUGUGGCCACUGGGGACACAACUACUGCAAAGACAAGUUUAAGCAAUUUGAUGAAAAAUAUCUGCGUAGACUACUGAUACGAGACAAUGAGCCAAAAUCAAGCAUUGUGUCAUUAUAUAAAAAGCUGGAAAUCAAGCAAGCCAUCGAGAUGGCAGAAUCUGGCAUGAGUAGGGACCCAUCUUUGUCAUCACUGGGAACAUAUGAAAAGAAUAAAGUGAAAGCUCUUUCCCCAACUGACGUUAAUGAAAUGCGAGAUGUCUUAUCAAGAAACCUCUAUCAGAUACGUCAACGGACGCUCUCCUAUAAUCGGCACAAUCUUGCAAGUGGGACCAGUGAAAAACAAGCUAAGGAAAUCCUGAUCCGCCGUCGGCACACCAUAAGAGAGAGUUUGAGGAAGCAUAAUAGUCUUAUAACAAGGAACAGAGCGGCUACUGCUCAUCAGGCCCGGUAUUUGUCUCUUCCUGGACACACAAAACUUUCUGAAAAAGCAAGAGGAAAAAAUACAACUUCUUUUAGAGUAGGGGACAGUGAUUCUGAUGGUGGUUCCUCCAGCCAGGAGUUAAAUUUCUACCCCAGAGCCAAAGACAUCUUGCGGAAUGAUAGGCAAAAACGUGCUCCGUUUAACAACAGGCUAGAGUGGACUGAUGAGAGGCUAAAUAGUAAGACUAAGGAAUCCAGUUCAGUAGAUGGCUUACCCCUGCAAAGAGGGAAACCACUAAUACCCAAACCAAGGUUUGGAACCUUGAGAGAGGACAGAGGGCCAUUCGAAGAAAGUAGCACUCCAGUUCCACCCCCAAGAAGUAGACAUUCUUUGGAACGUGAAAUUCAGAAGAAGAGACGUGGAGAAACAAGACCUGAUCCUCGAUCACCAAAAUAG